AGAGCGGGACACGGAAAAGGCCCCGGACCGCGGCAGAGCAGAGGGCCCCGGGGGCGGAGGCGGCCGCGGCCAGAGGAGGGAAGCGCCCCGGAACGGAGCGGGCGCAGGAGCUGUGGGCCCGGCGAGACCAUUGGCAACAUUUGGGAGCCCUACCUGGAACUACUGCAGUCUGAGUCACGGAGGAGGACACGCUGCACGCCCUGGGCCUGAAGUGCCCUUGUUGCCACCACCGCCUCUUGCUUCCAGUUCAGGAGGAUCUGAUUGAGAAGCUGCUUAACUACGCCCCCUGGAGAAGUGACUGUGCCAGAGCCCCUCCCUUUCCGCCCCACCCCCAGCCCCUGCCCUGCACCUGCUGUGCUGACCAGGGUUCUUUCAACUGAGGUGUCAGGGAAGUGGGAGCAUUGCCUGGCCACAGCACAUGGGCAUGUUGUACCCCCCAACUCUGGGAGGGGGGCAUCCAGUGAAGGUCUUUCAGAACCAAGAAAGAAAAAGAAAAUUAACCCACAUGGAAGACUGAACCUGUUACUAAUGGUGCUGUGAUUUCAUCAACUAAAGAGAUGAAGUACACAUUACUUGCUCUCAGUAACAAGGAAUGGGAAAAAAAACCCUGUCGUAAAGCAUCUCCUGGUGGUACCAUCAAAAAUGUCUUCCUUAAGCGGGAAAGUCCAAACCGUUUCGGGUCUUGUGGAGCCAAGCCAACUGGGCCGCACCUUGACCCAUGAGCACCUGACCAUGUCUUUCGACUGCUGUUACUAUCCGCCGCCUCCGUGCCAUGAAGCUACUGCCAAGGAACCGAUUACGAUGAAAAAUUUAUAUUGGAUUCAGAAGAAUCCUUAUUCCCAUAAAGAGAACCUUCAUUUGAACCAGGAAACAGAAGCCAUAAAGAAAGAGUUGUUGUACUUUAAAGCACAGGGUGGAGGGGCUUUGGUGGAGAACACAACUGCUGGGAUUAGCCGUGACGUGCAGACACUAAAGUGGCUUGCAGAAGAGACUGGCGUCCAUAUCGUAUCUGGAGCUGGGUUUUAUGUGGGCGCAACGCACUCUUCUGAGACCAGAGCCAUGUCAGUGGAGCAGCUUACCAGUGUCCUUAUUAAUGAAAUUCUCCAUGGAGCUGAUGGAACCAGUAUCAAGUGCGGUGUUAUUGGAGAAAUUGGUUGCUCCUGGCCUUUGACUAACAGUGAAAGAAAGGUUCUUCAGGCAACAGCUCAUGCCCAGGCCCAGCUUGGUUGCCCUGUUAUUAUUCAUCCUGGACGGAAUCCAAGUUCACCAUUUCAGAUUAUCCGGAUAUUGCAAGAAGCAGGUGCGGACAUCUCCAAAACAGUUAUGUCACACCUUGAUAGGUCUCUGCCCAGUAAGAAGGAGCUACUGGAAUUUGCUCAACUUGGCAGUUACUUGGAAUAUGAUCUCUUUGGCACUGAACUCCUUAAUUACCAACUCGACCCAGACACUGAUAUGCCAGAUGAUAACAAAAGAAUUAGGCGGGUGCGUCUUCUGGUAGAUGAAGGAUAUGAAGAUCGAAUUCUGAUGGCCCAUGACAUACAUACAAAACACCGGCUGAGGAAAUACGGAGGUCACGGCUAUUCCCAUAUACUCACCAACAUUGUUCCUAAAAUGUUACUUAGAGGAAUAACUGAGGGUACCCUUGAUAAGAUUCUAGUAGAAAACCCUAAGCGAUGGCUAACUUUCAAAUAGGAUGGUUGCUUUCCGGUAUUCACACCUUCAAGUAUAAAACUUGCAGGGAACACUCAAUGAUUUCAAACCCACUGUGAGAUAUUAAUCAUUUACUUAAUCACGGAUUACUUCCAGCUAAUGAGAAAGAGAAGCCUUGGCCUCCCCCCAAACCAGCUGACUGUUAUUACAUCUGCACCUCCAGGGAGUGACUAAGCCUAAUUGACCUCUUAUUGUUUUUGCCUUAAUAAAAUAAAUACAGAAGUACCUAUUUCUAAACAAUGAUUUUGAAGUUUAUAACCUGUAAGUGGCAUUGGUUUGGUUUUUUUUUUAAUCUAUUAGCUGCACUACAUGAAAAAAUUUAAAGUGUUUCCAGUUGAAUUAUUCCCUUCGGGAGCAAUCUAAUGUUCUUGUAAUAUUGAUAAUCCUACUAAUUAUUCCGCUGUUCUUUAAUUAAUGCUUAAUGAAUAAUAUGGCACUUUCAAAUAACUUCUGCAGCAAGGGAAGUUAAAUUUUAAGACUUUUUCCCAAUGGGUUACUGUAAUACCAUUACCAAUUCACAAUGAUAAAAAUAUUUUGAAAGGUUAAUGUUUUGCUGUCCACCUGUCUCUAUAUCCUUAAAAUAAAUCAGUCUUGAUGCCUUUG